AUGAAAUCACUAAUCAUCAUCUCAGCCCUCCUAGCCGUAGCCUUCUCGGCCGAAUUCAAAGUCGGUGGCAAAGUCCGCUGCAAGCUCGAUGGUGCCUCAGGCCGCACCACAGGCAUAGCCCAACUAUGGGAACAUGAUGUAGACCCAGAUGAUCACAUGGGUGAAGUAGCUCUGAAGGACAACAAGUUCAGUGGACUACACUUCUCAGAAACCGAAGUCUUUGGUGAGGUAGAGCCAUACGUCCAGGUUUUCCAUGACUGUCAUCCAGAUAUUAGGAAAGACAGUGGUCAUCCAGCUAAAAGUGGCUGUCGUGCAGUCUCGAACUAUCACUUCAGUCCACCUCAAGGCAGUGAUGAGAUUUGGGUGGAGUUUGAUUUGGAAACAACUUUGGAAUCUCAGCUGAAAUGUGAUGGAGCCAGCCGACUUCACCCCAAUCCUAAUACUACUGGUGAGCCAAGACAUGAUGUUGGAGUCGGCCAUGCUGAGGAAUAA